CGGCGGCCAGAGAGAGGCACCGGGGAGCCGAGCCCGGCGCGGGGCGGCCGCGGAACCAGCGCUGCGCCCCGGGAACAAAAGGCUCCGGCACCGGAGAGCGCCGCGGCUGCGGAGCCCCUCCCGGAGCAGCAUGCCCCGCGCGGAGCGCCGCUGCGCCUGGGGGGUCCUGCUGACCCUGUGCGGCCUGAGCGCGGCGCAGCCCCGGGACAGGCAGGGCUAUUUGAUCGCGGCACCUUCUGUUUUCCGGGCUGGUGUUGAGGAAGCUGUAAGUGUGACCAUCUUCAACGCUGUCAAGGAGACAACGGUGCAGAUCCAGUUAGUGGUGAAAGGAGAAACUGUGUCAAGGGGCCACGGAACUGUUCUGGAUAAAGGAACAAUCAAACUGAAGGUGCCCUCAGGACUUCGUGGACAGGGACACCUGAAAGUCUGGGGCAACCGGCACGUGACAGAGGAGGGCUACAUUUUUCACAAUUACACCACAGUAACUAUUGAUAGCAAAGGAUCUUCAGUUUUCAUCCAAACUGAUAAGCCUGUCUACAAACCCAAACAAAAAGUGUUGAUAAACCUGUACACGGUUACCUCGGACCUGAGGCCAGUCAAUGACAGGAUCGAAGCUUACGUAGUGGAUCCUCGGGGGUCUCGUAUGAUAGAGUGGAGCAAUUUAAAGCCAUUUUGUUGUGGCAUUGUGAAUAUGAGUUUUCCUUUGUCUGAUCAGCCAGUGUUUGGAGAGUGGCUCAUCUUUGCUGAAGUGCAGGGGCACACGUACAACAAGUCCUUUGAAGUUCAGAAAUAUGUGUUACCAAAGUUUGAGCUGCUGAUCGACCCGCCUCGCUACAUUCGUGACCUUUCAACGUGUGAAAGAGGAACUGUCCACGCCAGAUAUACAUUUGGAAAACCAGUGACAGGAAAGUUAAUUGUCAAUAUGACUAUAAAUGGUGUAGGGUAUUACAGGCAUGAAGUGGGACACCCUGUCCUCAAGACCACCCAGAUUGAUGGCUCUGCUGUUUUCGAUGUGUGUGUGAAAGACAUGAUGCCCGCCGACGUUCCGGAGCAUUUUCGAGGCACAGUCAAUAUCUGGGCCACGGUGGUCAGCUCUGAUGGGAGCAAGCAGGUCACGUUCGACGACUCGACGCCUGUUCAGAAGCAGCUGAUUGAUAUCAAGUACUCCAAGGAUACCAGAAAACAGUUCAAACCCGGACUGCCAUACAAAGGAAAGGUAGAAGUCACUUACCCCGAUGGAAGUCCAGCUGAUGGAGUCACUAUUCGGAUUAAAGCUGAACUCACACCAAAGGACAAUGUUUACACAAGUGAACUGGUAUCAAGAAAUGGCCUCGUGGAGUUUGAAAUCCCUUCCAUUCCUACAGCUGCCCAAUAUGUCUGGCUGGAGACCAAAGUGACAGCAAUUGAUGGGAGACCAUCUGGGGAUCAGUAUCUGCCAAACUACUUGUCCAUCAGUAGCUGGUACUCGCCCAGCAAGUGCCACAUCCAGCUCCAGGCACCAGCUAAACCUUUCCAGGUAGGAGAGGAGGCUUGGAUUGCAGUGAAGUCCACAUGUCCUUGCAACUUCACUCUACAUUAUGAAGUGGCAUCGCGAGGUAACAUUGUCCUUUCAGGGCUGCAGCCCAGCAACAUCACUCAGCAGAGGAGCAAAAGAGCCACGUUUCCCUUUGAGAAGAAUAUCGACGUCACGCAUUUCCCAGGAACAGCACCCACCGAUACCCCUGCAACAGAGGUUGAAGUCUGCGUGACCUUCCUCCACUUCUCAGUAUCUCACAGCAUGGCUCCCUUGGGCCGUCUUCUGGUGUAUUACGUCAGGGAGAAUGGGGAAGGGGUCACGGACAGCCUGCAGUUCUCUGUGGAGUCCACCUUUGAAAAUCAGGUUGCAGUGGCUCUUUCAGCAAAUGAGACCCGACCUGGUGAUGUUGUGAACAUCAAGGUCAGAGCUGCAAAAUCAAGCUGCGUUUGCAUUGCCACUGUGGAUAAGAGCGUCUACUUGCUGAAGACAGGCUUUCAGCUGACAGCCAGCCAGGUUUUCAAAGAGCUUGCAGAGUAUGAUGUAUCCGAUGCUUUUGGAGCUCCGAAGGAGGAAGGGCACUUCUGGUGGCCGGGCAUGUCCUCACGCAGACGCCGCAGAUCUUCUGUCUUUCCCUGGCACUGGGAUAUCACCAAGGAUGCUCGCUUCGCCUUUACAGAAACAGGCUUGGUUGUAAUGACUGAUACAGUCAGCUUAAACCACAGGCAGAAUGGAGGCAUGUACACAGACGAGGCUGUCCCAGCUUUUCAGCCUCAUACUGGGACAUUGGUGGCUACAAUGCGUUCUAAAAUGGCACAGAGAGCAGAGAAGAGAAAAAGAACCUUCUUUCCAGAAACAUGGAUAUGGCACUGCCUCAACGUCAGUAAUACAUCAGGAGAAGCAGAGCUGCACGUGGAAGUGCCAGACUCCAUCACUACGUGGAUAACUGAAGCCGUGGGUCUCUCUGAGGAGAAGGGGUUGGGCAUUGCCAGUCAAACGGAGCUGAAGACGUUUAAGCCUUUCUUCAUCGAUUUCACGUUGCCAUACCACGUCAUCCGGGGAGAACAGACCAAAAUCCCACUGACUGUCUACAAUUACUUAACUGUCUGCGUAGAGGUACAUGUGAAGAUUUCUGUUCCGAAAGGCAUAAAGUUUGUUGGGCAUCCUGGGAAGCACCAUCUGACAAGAAAGAAGUGCGUUGCCCCCGGGGAAGCUAAACCCACCUCUAUUGUUUUGUCCUUCAGCGAACUUGGACUGAGCAACAUCACUGCAAAAGCUUUUGCUUAUGGUGGAACUAAUUGCUGUCAAAAUGGGAUGCAGACCUUAAAGAAUGGCAAGCACUCAGAGGACAAUUAUGUGGACAAAAGGACCCCAGUUGGAGUGGAUUAUGUUCGCAGUAGUGUUGUUAUUGAGCCAGAGGGACUGUCAAGAGAGUACACCUAUAGUGUGUUCUUCUGCCCAAAUGAGAAAAUUCACAUUUCUACACCUAACAAGUAUGAGUACCAGUACAUGCAGAAACCUGCCCAGAUGACACACUUUGACAUUGCUGUGAAGGCACACAAUGAUGCUCACGUGGCCCUGUCCUCUGGUCCCCAUGACAUGGCAGAGAUGACAGAGAUUGUUAUUGGUGGACAUCAAAAUACUAAAACAUGGAUUUCCAUCAGCAAAAUGGGUGAGCCAGUGGUCAGCAGAGACACAGCUGGUAUCCUGUCCUGGGAUGAAUUCCGCAGCUUCUGGAUCAGCUGGAAAAAUGGAAUUAUCCAGGUUGGCCAUGGUACUCGGGUGCUAAAUGAAUCUAUUAUUGUGGAGUGGACAGUCCCCAAGCAGUUUGAGGUGAAGUACAUUGGCUUUUCCACAGGCUGGGGGUCAAUAGGAGAGUUUAAAAUUUGGAGGAAAGAAGAGACUGAUGAAAAUCACAAUGAAGCAUUUACUCUUGGAGUUCCCCACAACAUAAUUCCAGGAUCAGAAAGAGCCACAGCUUCAAUAAUAGGAGAUGUGAUGGGUCCUACGUUAAACAACUUGGACAAUCUUUUGCGAUUACCAUUUGGAUGUGGAGAGCAGAACAUGAUCCAUUUUGCUCCUAAUGUUUUUGUCCUGAAAUAUCUGCAGAAAACCAAGCAGCUCAGUCAAGAGGUGGAAAGUGAAGCCACUGAUUACCUUGUUCAAGGCUACCAGCGCCAGCUGACCUACAAGAGGCAGGAUGGUUCAUACAGCGCUUUUGGCGAGAGGGAUUCCUCGGGGAGCAUGUGGCUGACAGCGUUUGUCCUCAAGUCCUUUGCGCAGUCCCGGGGCUUUAUUUUCAUUGACCCAAAAGAACUAACAGCUGCAAAGGACUGGAUCAUCCAGCAUCAGAAGGAAGAUGGCUCUUUUCCUGCUAUGGGCAGGAUACUGAAUAAGGACAUUCAGGGUGGCAUCCAUGGUAAGAUUUCCCUGACGGCUUAUGUGGUUGCGUCUCUUUUGGAAACAGGUGUAACUUCUGAGGAAGAGAGAUCCGCUGUUGACAAAGCAAAACACUUCUUAGAGUCCAACUUACAUUCAGCAGAAGACCCUUACACCACUGCCUUGACUGCAUACGCCCUGACACUGCUGCACAGUCCUUCUGCCUCUGUGACGCUGCGGAAAAUGAACAGCAUGGCUAUUACACAAGAUGGCUUUACACACUGGAGCUUGACGGGAAGUCUUGUAACUGAUGAAGAUACCUUCAUGGGAUUUAAUGAUGGUCUCUCUCAAUCAGUAGUUUCUGCAGAAGUGGAAAUGACAUCUUAUGCCCUUCUGACAUACACACUCCUGGGAGAUGUGGCUUCUGCACUUCCCGUGGUAAAAUGGCUUUCACAGCAGAGGAAUGCACUCGGAGGAUUCUCGUCUACUCAGGAUACAUGUGUAGCCCUGCAGGCUCUGGCUGAGUAUGCUAUCCUUUCUUAUGUUGGAGGAGUCAACCUUACCAUUUCCUUGGCUUCAACUAAUUUAGACUACCAGGAGACAUUUGAGCUUAAUAAAAUGAAUAAAAAAGUCCUCCAGACUGCAGUGAUCCCCAGUAUUCCAACGGGGCUGUUUGUGAGUGCCAAAGGCGAAGGCUGCUGUCUGAUGCAGAUUGACGUCACGUACAACGUGCCUGAUCCUAUUGCCAAACCAGCUUUCCAGCUCCUGGUUAACCUGAAGGAGCCAAAGUCAGAGCAGCAUCUUCAAGCUCCAGUUCUCCUGCGGUCCCUCUCUCCAGAUGAGAAUCGCUCUGAAACCUCACACAGAGAGCGAGCGCUGGUGGAUGAUGAUGACCCAGCUGCAGAUCGGGACCAUCAAGAGUACAAAGUGAUACUAGAGACGUGCACUAGAUGGCUGCACUCGGGAUCCUCUAACAUGGCUGUGUUGGAAGUGCCGUUGUUCUCAGGGUUUCGUGCAGAUAUCGAGAGCCUAGAACAGUUACUGAUGAACAAGCAAAUUGGAUUAAAAAGAUAUGAAGUCGAUGGAAGAAAAGUCCUAUUUUAUUUUGAUGAGAUUCCAAGCCAGUGCAUGACCUGUGUAAAGUUUCAAGCUUUCAGAGAGUAUAUAGUUGGGAAAACUGCUCCUGUGCCUAUCAAAGUGUAUGAUUACUAUGAGCCAGCUUUUGAAGCAACUCGUUUCUACAACGUGAGUGAGAACAGCCCCUUGGCGCGGGAGCUCUGUGAUGGGCCGACAUGCAAUGAAGUGGAGAGCUCAGCUAGCCAGUGGGUUGGCUUUUCUCACUUUGGGCCAUGCAAUAAUGUCUUUGGAUGCUUGGAGGAUGAGUAUUUUGAGCAAUGCAUGUGUUCAAGAGACUGUGGCUAUGACGGGGAUCCUGUAUGUGGCUCAGAUGGACAGAUCUACCAGAACCAUUGCCAAAUGGAAGUAGCAUCGUGCAGGAAUAAUACGAGGAUAGAACAGAUCCCCAUGUCUCAGUGUUCUAACUCCAAGAAUUUGCCAGAAGAGAGGGAGACAAACUCCCAUACAGCUGAGCAGCCUAGUGUCCAACAAACUCCAGCAGCUGAGGAAGGCCCUCCGCUGCAGUUGGAUCUGUCAUAUUAUUCCUAUGAGUACGACCCGGACCCCUACGCCUCUGAAACUGACGUUUUUGAGAUUGUGGCGGAACUGACAACAGCGAGCACGUUAAGAGAAGUGGACAAGAUUCAGGAAGUAGUGACCACAGUAGAAUGAAAGAUAUAAUUUAAAUAAAAGAAGAGGCUCAGAAUCAACUCCCGUAUGAGUCUGUUCCAACAGAUGACCUGCUGCAGAACAGAAACCGAAUGAUGACUACUUCCUGAUGCCCUCAGAACUGUAGGCUUUUCUGCCCCACGGGGAGAUCUGGAGAGCGAAGGGGGACACUCAGCAUUAUUCUUCUGUCAAUUUUUCUGCCUUUUGUGCAACCUCUUAGGGACGCUUCCAAGGAUGGAAGGCUGAUAUGCUGUGCCCUCUAGGUGAGAAAAAUAGGGGCUGGAAUUCAAACCUAUAGACCAUUUCCAAGUGUUUUCUCUAUUAUCAGGAUACUGCAACUGCCAUUUCCUAGCUACAUUUAGAAGCUAAGUCCAGGCCUUGUGCUUAGCUAAACUGCUGUUUGAGGAAAGAUGGCUGAGGAGUUUUCUCUCAAAUUACAAUAAUAAAAAUCAGUGUGUUUUGCUAGUUAUGACAUAGCAAGAGGCUAAUCAUUUUCUCUAGCCUAUAAAUCUACUGCACCCAUAAUUAUGUCCAACAAGAAGAAAAACUGCACUAUUAUCUCCAUGUUGUUGGGCUGUCUGUUUAACAAGAGAAAACUGAAAUCCAGGGCUGAAAAGCUUCAGGUGAGGAGUUUGCCAGCCGUAACAGCAUCUGGUGGAUGAGCCCUCUUCAUUUUGCACUAUAUGCUGGUGAGGGCUGCUUGCAGCCUUCUCAGCUCUGCAGCCCCUUUCUUCCUUGUAACCCUGGCAUGAAAAUAAAGCUGACCUGAGGCACAGUUCUUUUAAAUGCUU